AAAGCAAUCAUCCAACGUGUGCUCUCUGCGUCUGUGACGGUAGAAAAAGAGCUAGUCUCCUCCAUCGGCCGAGGCGUGUUGGUGUUUGCGGCCGUUGCGCCGGGCGAUACAGAGAAGGAGGCCGAUUCACUGGCCAACAAAGUCGUCAAAAUGAAACUAUGGGAUGACGAACAGGGGGGCCGAUGGAAAAGGAGCGUGACAGACAUUGAGGGCGAGAUUCUAUGUGUAUCUCAGUUUACGCUGUUGGCAAAGACGAAAAAGGGCACCAAGCCGGAUUUCCACGGCGCAGCGAGCCCCGAAGAAGCGAGCCGGCUGUAUCACUACUUUGUCCAGAAGGUCAAGGACAUGUACCAGGUGGAUCGGGUCAAGGACGGCAAGUUCCAGGCCAUGAUGGAGGUUGCGCUGGUCAACGACGGGCCGGUCACCUUGGAGCUCCAAGCGGGCGCCCCAGUCUCCGAGAGGUGA